UGAUAGCUUUCUACUCCCAUCCGUUCGUCCGUCGUCUGUUGAUGGCCGCGGGCUGAGCGAUUCUACUCAGCUGCGAGCUCUCUUUCUCUCUCCCUCUCUCUCUCUCUCUCUCUCUCUCUCUCUCUCUCUCUCUCUCGUCUUCUCCGAUCUGAGAAGAACGUGGGGGUCUGCGAGGAGGGAGAGAGAGGUCACGUACAUCUCCGAGCGGGAGUGGAGGGGGAAAGGCCCGAAAGGGAGAGGGGGGAAGGGGCAGGGGCAAGGAAGAGAGGGAAAGGAGGUCACGCCGGCGUGUAGGCGGGCCGUGGCCCAAGGCAGCCGAUUUCGUGACGUUUCAGGACUUUUUCGAAUGUGAGGGGUCGGAGCGGACCCAGCCACUUCACACAGGUGGCUCUCCUCUCUCCCCCAGCAUUCGGGUUCGCGACAAAGCUUUUGUCUUUGGGCCAGAAGCCAGCUAAAGAAGGGGGGAAGAGAGAGAGAGAGAGAGAGAGAGAGAGAGAGAGAGAGAGAGAGAGAGAGAGAGAGAGAGAGAGAGAUGGCGGCGACGCGAUUGGCGAUGGGCGUCGCCAGCGGUCAGUGUGUGACCGGAUGUCGUGAGGGAGCGACCGGUCUUUCGCCGGCAUUGCAACAAGGAGAGAGGUCGUCAUGGGGUUUGUCAGCGCCAUCGAGCUCCUGCCCCUUCUCCUCCCGCUCCCCCUCCCCCUCCCCCUCCCUCUCGUCCUCCUCCUCUUCUUCUACCUCGCGUGUUCCUUCCUUCUUAACUCUGCGACUGCAAGCUUCUGCUUCCCCCACUCCCUCCUCUCUCUUCUCCGCUGGUCACGUGUGCAGCCGCUGCAGCUAUGCUUUCAAUCCCCUUCGCUUCGAUCCCUCUCUCUCUCUCUCCCGCCCCCGCUCCCACCCCUCCUGUGGCAAACCCCGUUACUUGGGAACCCCCUCCCCCCCCGCUCGGGUGCACCCCCACCCCUACCACCAGCUCCGCUCGUCGUCGGGACCGGCUGGCACCGCCGCCGCGGCCGCCGUCGUUGCCUCCGCAGCCUCCUCCGCUGGUCUGAAUGAUAUCCCGACCGUCGCCGACACCAAGUCGGCUUUCCUCCAGAGCUAUAAGCGUCCGAUCCCGACUCUCUACAACACCGGCCUGCAGGAGCUGCUCGUUCAGCAUCACCUCAUCCGAUGGAAUGCUGCCUACAAGUACGAUCCAAUCACCGCCCUCGGAUUUGUGACCGUCUUCGACGCGUUGAUGGAUGGCUAUCCCGACCCCGAGAGUCGGGACGCAAUCUUCCGAGCAUACGUGUUGGCCCUCCAGGAGGAUCCCGACCAGUAUCGCAAGGAUGCUGUGGCGAUUCUGGAAUGGGCCGCCGGGCAGGAUUCCACCAACAUCCUGGCAUUCGCCCAGGGGGAGGGAGAGGGAGAGGGGUCACCUUCCUCCUCCUCCUCAUCUUCUUUCGAGACGGCUCUGAAAGAGCUCUCUGUUCGAGCCGCAGCGAAGCGGAAAUUUAAGAACAACCGGUUCUUUGCUGUCGGCCUGCAGACCCUGGCCGGUGCCGUUCAGAGUCCCAAGCCGACGACGGUGGAGGAUCUGUGCAAAGCUCUCAAUGUAGGCAAAGUGGCCGUCGAACGGGAUCUCGACGUGUACCGCAACCUACUGCAGAAGCUUCAAACGGCCAAGGAACUUCUCAGAGAGUUUUUGGAUCGAGAGAAGAAGAAGCAGGCACAGAGAGACGCACAAAAGACAGAGACGACGACGGCAUCGCCUUCAGAGGGUUGAUGAAUGUUAGGCACCUGGAACACCUGUGAACGGUCCCAGUUCCAGGUCCGGUUCUGGUUCCAAUUCCAGGCGGUCGGAUUUUGGUUCCGGUUCCGGUCCCAGUUUCACACCUUGUGGCUCAGCUGGACCGGUUCCAGGUCCAGUUGUGGUACCAGUUCCAGGUCCAGUUUUGGGACCAGUUCCAGGUCCACAUUGUGGUUCAGGUUCCGGCUUCGGGUGCGGGCUUAGUUCCGGAUCCACUUCCGGUCCCAGUUUCAACACGUUGUGGUUCAGGGGCCGGUUCCAGGUCCACAACGUGGGUCCAGGUUUGAUUAGCCGGAAGGAAUUAGGGAGGGGUAUUAGGAGACGGGAACCGGGCAGGGGGCAAUGUCAGGGGGCAGAGGGCAGAGGGGGCGGGGGGGGGGGGGGAGUGGGGGGCCCAUGCUUGUCAAGCAACCGACAAAAAUGGUGUGGAGAACGAUGAAGAUGGAGUAUGCGGGGAGGGGAGGGGAGGGGAGGCGAGACAAUUGUGUGUCGCGGGUCGCGAUCGAGAUCCCAUUCGAUGAGUUCGUGGAUCGAAGAGCAGACACGUGGCUGGUUUACAGCGAAGAGAAGACACGUGGCUGGUAUACGGCGAAGAGAAGGGGUUAAAGUGGAGCAGACACGUGGCCGGUUUACAGCGAAGAGAAGGGGUUAAAGUGCAAGAGCAGACACGUGGCCGGUUAACAACAAAGAGGAGUUGAAGUGCAAGAGCAGACACACUUGGCGCGCUGUGCGAGAGAGCAACCCCCUCCUCUGUAAGCGUCGCGACUAGAUGACUUCAAGGUUGUUGACGUCAACGCAUAUUGUAGUAUGUUAGACCACGAGUACGGAAGCCUCGGGAGCAGUGAAAGUGGAAGAGUGGUGAUGAAUCAGCAGGAGGAGGAGGAGGAGGAGGAGGAGGAGGAAGAGGAGUAAGAAGAAGAGGAAGAAGUGAGAGGGAGAAGAAGAAGAGGAAGAGGGAGAGCGAAAAGAAGAAGAAGAGGGACAUAGAGAGAAGACGAGGGAGAGGAAGAUGGAGAGGGAGAGGAAGAAUGGUCAGCGCGGGAAAUGUGUCUUGUUAUCCGUCGAUGUAGUUUGCACACGUGGCACACAAUGAAUGGUUUGAACCAGCGGGUUGGGAUCGACGAUGUCUGGUCAACGAUGGUUGAUGACGAGACUGAUUGGUGGAUGGGAGUGGAGAACUUUAGAUGGAUUGGUUGGCGGGGUUGUACGAUAGUAGCGUGUGCAUAUUUUUUGCACUACGUCUUGUUGCUGUCUCAGUGUCAUGUCCCCAUCAUUCCAUAUCCCUAUCCUACGUACAUCCAAAAUCGCAUAUCCUUAUCCGAUAUCCCAUUUUGCCUUAUCCAUAUUCAUAUCGGGAUCCUGCUCGGGAUCCUGCUCCCCUAUCCUAGUCGGACAACCAAUCGGGUAAAUGAUUGGAACUCUCGCCUGCGGCAUCGCUUUGACGGUAAUAUAUGGCAGCCUACCCCUCUCUCCCACAGACACACAGACACAGAGAGAGAGAGAGAGAGAGAGAGAGAGAGAGAGAGAGAGAGAGAGAGAGAGAGAGAGAGAGAG